AUGGUGACGAAAGAAUUUAACCAUACCAUCAAUAAGUUAGAAUCGGAUUUCACAGUAGCCACCGAUUUUCUUCAGAAAGGGCAGGAUGACCUUCUAAAGGAACUUGAGGUGGCUAAUAAUAAAAUUAAAACCCUAGAACUUGAGCGAACUACACUUAAGUCAAAUAUUAAGUCAUUAGAUCGUCGUUUAAUGAGCGUCGAAAAAAUCUCACGAAGCCAUAACGUUGAAAUCCAAAUGGUUCCGGAAAAACGUCAUGAAAAUUUACUACAUCUUAUACAAAAACUUUAUGACACCGUGAAUGUAACUCUGGAUACGAACUGCAUCUGUGCUGUUCGUAGAAUUGCUAAAAUUAAUCCAAAGUCCGACAGACCACGAAACAUUCUCCUUACACUACAAACUGAGCGGCAGAGGGACAUUUUAUUAUCGGCAGUAAAACGUUACAACAAGACUAACCACCCCAAUCACUUAAACUCUACCUGCCUUGGGAUUGAAGGAGAAUAUCGUGCCAUAUAUGUAAAUGAACAUCUCUCUUCUACUACCAAAAAGCUUUAUGCUGAAGCUAGGAAGUUUGCGAAAGAUAACUCAUACAAAUAUGUUUGGGUUAAAUAUGAACGUAUGUACAUGCGGAAAAAUGACAACGAAUCAGCAUUAUUGAUUAGAGACUUUAGCAACUUUGAGAAACUUAAAGUAAAGUGA